AUGGAGCAACGUCCCAAGCCAGCUACCAGUAUUCCUCGUUUGUCAAGACUCCCCGUUCUCUCCGGGUCAGUCAAAAAAUCAGUGGGCACUACUACUAGGAAAGGUGUCAUACCACUGGUGGCGAAGGAUGUGCCCAAUGCAAAAAAGCCUGCACAACAAAGCCAACAACACACCGGUAAUACUGCACGAACAGAGUUGACUUCAGGCAGUGGUGGAAACCAAAUUGCUGUUUCAGAACAAGAAGCUGGCGACAGAUUGGGGUUCCCAAAAUGCCUGGUAACGUCGAGCGGGGACCUUCACGAUGCACCUAAAGACAUCUCGUCUCAUGAUGCACUGUUGUAUGAGACUGAUGAAAGAGCCCUGGCCACCAAGACUGAUCCUACACCUGCUCAGCCAGAGACGCCUCGAGCAAAGCGGAAGCCAAGACCAUCUCUAUCAGAUAGGACUGUAGAGACUCUUUCACAGAUAUCGCCUUCACCCUCUUCAACUAGACGAAAAUCGAGCUUCUUCAAUGUAGAGAGCACAAGUCCCAUGCGGCCUCCUCUUCGGCCAGCCUCUGCAAUGGGUGCUUCGAGAUCUCGACCUUCAUCACCAAACAAACCGCCUCCGGUGCCCUCUAUACCUCCGUCUUUUGUUGCAAAACCAAACAUUCAACCACUGACUAGCAGACAGUCGCUGACUCAGCCAGCGAGGCCAUCUCCUGCGCCUCCAGCCGAUAAAGUGGCAAACCAACCAAAAAAGCCACUUGAUGCGAGCCUUAAGUCAAAUAGAGAGCGUAUGUUCUCCAAGCCAGCGCCUACGACUCGCCAGGUCCACGGUGCUCAGCAAAGGCAGUCCUCGUCAAAACCGCUCUCCAACAAGCCUGUCACUGUAAGACAGCCUCGUCAUACCAAACCGAUGGAAGCUUCCAAGGCCAUAGAAAAAAAGCCAACAACUUCGACACCAACAACGACAUCCCUGAGCUCUUACAGCUCUCGGCGAUCUUCGAUGCAAUCAUUGCAAUCUUCGUCAACCGAGGUGGAAACAAAUGCCAAUCUACCACGUAAAAACUUCUCCAAAUCCUCGGCAGCUCUUCGUGGCGCUAUUAUCAAGGCAAAGCAAGAGGCGGCUAAUCGCAAAGCCUCUGCAGAUCGUGCCAGUAAAUACCCUGGCAGUUUUUACGAUAUCCCAUCUGAAGUCGAAUCAGGAGAUGUUGCUCUUGAGCCUAAGGUGAAUGGCGAAAUUCUAAGGCAACGAAUUAGGGCAGCUUUACUAAGUGGUCACCUGCUCUUGCCGGCCAUGGAGUUAACGUCUGUUCCUAGCGAGAUCGAGCAUAUGUACGAUGCCUCUGAGCAAUUCCAUGUCGCUUGGUCCGAAUGUGUUGAUCUUACCAAAUUUGUCGCGGCGGACAACAAGUUCGAAAGUCUAAAUGAAAGCUUGUUCCCAGACGCCACAAAUGACGAGCUGGAGUGCGGCGAAGGUGUGGACCAGAAUGGUCAAUUCAGAGGGUUGGAGGUGCUUGACCUGCAUCACAACCAAUUGAGAGUGCUACCACUUGGUUUGAGGAGGCUUCAAAAGUUACGUUCCCUCAACUUGUCUGGGAACAAGCUUGGAGAGCUAGCUUUGGACAUUAUCUGUCAAAUUGGCAAUAGCUUGACUGAUCUGAGAAUGUCCGAAAAUGAACUAUCUGGAACACUUCCCGAGAAGCUCAAGAAUUUGUCGAACCUUCAAGCUCUCGACUUACAUGGGAAUGGAAUCUCUGAAUUUCCAGGAGGCCUACAGGAACUAACUCACCUCAAGACUCUGAAUUUGGCCAAGAACAAAUUGUCUGGUGUACCAUGCGAAAUUCUAGCCAACUCGACCUUGGUAGAGUUGAACUUAUCAGGAAAUCGUCUGUCUGGCUCCUUUUUCCCGCCACAGAUCUUGUCAGCGCCAAGAUCUCUGAAGCUGCUGGAUGUGUCCAACAAUGCGCUGGAUGCUGUUGGUACGGCUGAAGUUGAACUGCUCAAUGUUCAGACGUUGAACUUGAAUGGCAACCGAAUCAAAGUGCUCCCUGAUAUAUCAUCCUGGAAAGAACUUCUUACUUUCACCGUUGCAGAGAACCUGCUCUGUGAGGUACCAUCCGGUCUUGUGAUGCUUCGGAAAUUGAGGAAUGCUGAUCUGUCAAACAAUAACAUCACCAAGCUCGACGAUGGCAUUGCAUUGAUGGAAGGUCUCACUUCGAUCAAUUUGGCAGGAAAUCCUCUUUGUGAGCGAAAAUACCUGACAUUGUCAACGGAUGGUCUCAAAGCGGAUUUGCGAAAACGGUUUCUUGUAUCUGAAGGUCCUGUGGAGACAGAUGUGGGACCGUCAAUAUCGAAACCAAGCAGCGGAGGUAUCCUUGAUUUGUCUUCCAAAUCUAUGUCCAACAGUCAGUUGCCCACCCAGCACCUUGAUAGCUCGGUGUUUGAACUUCGCCUCCAUCACAACAACUUGAACACCAUUCCGGCGUCCUUCCUCACUCAUAAUUCGAUGUCUGAUAUCCUAAAGUCGCUGGAUCUAUCGCACAACCCAUUACAAGCUCCUCACUUGACCUCAACCCUGUGUCUUCCUCAACUGAAGGAUCUGUCUCUCGCUUCCUGCCGUCUCAAGAGCCUUGAUGAUCUGACUGUCCAUCUUUCUGCUCCCAGCCUGACAACGCUAAAUCUUUCAAUAAACCAACUUUCCGGCAGCCUUCCACGACUUCGUACAUACUUCCCGAGCCUCACAACUCUCUUCGUAGCCGACAACCGCUAUAGUGUGCUCGAAGUCUCCGCCGUUCAAGGCCUGGCCACUCUCGACAUACGCAACAACGAUAUCGGCCACCUGGAGCCGAAGCUGGGUCUUUUAGGCGGGAAAGCUGGUCUUAAGUUCCUAGAAGUCAGUGGAAAUAGAUUCAGAGUGCCGAGAUGGGAUGUCCUUAACAAAGGGACGGAGGCCGUGCUAAGAUAUCUGAAAGGACGGGUGCCCUUGGGGGAACUGGGAGAUGACAUCGCGGUGGGCGGCGAGGAUGAUUAG